GACAGGAUGGUGAUGACGGACCUGUUGAAAGCGGAGGAGAUCAAGAAAGCUCUUGAUGCCUUUGCAGCAGAGACGUUCGACCCUAAAAAGUUCUUCGACUUGGUGGGAAUGACGGCCAUGUCGGCCGAGAGCGUCAAGCAGGUCUUCCGGGUUCUGGAUGUGGACGGAAGCGGCUUCAUAGAAGAAGAGGAACUCAAGUUCGUGCUGAAGGGCUUCUCCAAGGACGGCAGAGACUUGACAGACGAUGAAACAAGAGUGUUCCUCAAAGCCGCGGACAAAGAUGGCGACGGCAAGAUCGGCAUUGAUGAGUUUGAAGCCAUGGUGCAUGAGUAG